AUGGCCGAUCACGAGGAAGACGAGAAUGUGCCAUUGCUCAACAACGAAGCAACUGCACCAUCUACGCCCAAUUACGAAGGUGUAAACAAUCCAGACGAUGGUGCAAACGAAGAAGGUGAACGUAUCUAUACAAGGCCAGAGGAGCAUUUCACAGAGCCACAGCACGCACCGAUCACUCCUUCAGACGAAAACCCUGAAGCAUCUCGUGUUGGUGGACCCACUGUGACAUGUCGUGUUUGCUCGGCACUCAUUCAUAUCGAGGGAAAGGUCGAAACCAUUCUUAUCCGUCGAAAUUCUCUUAGAUUAUUUUACCUCAUUUCAAGUCAAUUUACUUAUAAAUUGCUACCAUCUCUGUAA